ACUUUUCUGCAAACACUCUUUCUCUCCCUCUCGCCUCUCCAGUUUCCUUGCUCUUUUAGAAUCUAAGUAAAAUAUCGAUCAUAAUUGUUAAUUACUACUAGGAAACUAAGUAAUUGUUUCUUCAACCUUUUGUUGCAUGGAUGGAUCCUCAACAGGAAAUGUCAAAUGAAACAUUGGAAACCAUAUUGGUAAGCUCAACAAAAGGAUGCAAUUAUAAAAACAUUAAAAAAAUGGAAGAGGAAAUGAAGAAGAAGCAAGGAAAAGGAGAACUAGAAGGUGAAGCACAAAAAUGUCCAAGAUGUGAAUCUCCAAACACAAAGUUUUGUUACUACAACAACUAUAGCCUCUCUCAACCUCGUUACUUCUGCAAAUCUUGUCGGAGAUAUUGGACCAAAGGUGGUACUCUCCGUAACGUCCCCGUUGGUGGUGGUUGCCGUCGAAACAAACGAUCUUCUUCAUCUUUCUCCAAGAACAUCAAUAAGCCUAUCAAUUUCCACAAUGAUCCACUUCACAAUCCUUUAAUUACGGGAAUGCCAUCCCCCUUUAGUUAUGACUCCAUUGAUCUCAACCUCGCUUUCGCUGCUCUUCAUAAACAUCCCCCUUCUCAGGUUACACCUUCUUUUGGGUUUGGAGGCGAUGUUUCUAUUUAUGGAAACUCGACAAACACACACACUGGUGUUCUAAACGGGUUGAACAUUGGAGGGCAAAACGGUAAUUUCAACGGGGGUAGUUUGUGGUAUGGUUUCAUGUCCGGAAAUGAUAGUGAAAACAAGACAACUUCGGCUUUGGGGAUUCCUCUGGAGGGAAACGAGAGAAAGCAAGAGAAUGUGAACAACAACAACAAUAUCUUGGAGAAUCCAAGCAAGGUUUUAUUGGGGUUUCCAUGGCAAAUGUCCGGGAAUUCAGCUGGCGGUGUACCGGAGACUGAUCCGGGAAGGGAAAGCUGGAAUGGGUUUGUUUCAUCUUGGAGUAGUGGUUUACUUAACACUCCUUUGGUCUAGUUCAAGAUAUCUAAUAAAGUAAUAAUAUUACUAUAUGUUGAAGUUUAUGUCAUCACAUGUUUGUACACCACUGUCACCAUAUGGGGGAUGUUUGGUCUAGGGUUUCAAUCGCUUUUAGUUUCCCACUUUUCUUUGAGCCAAAAGACCAAAGAGUUCUUUUUAUGAAAAUGGUUCCUUCUUUCAUGUUUUAAUUUGUAAUUUGACUGUGGCUUGGCUGGUUUCA